GAGAUCAUCGUUCGUUCGUGUAAUAUUUUUAUGAUCGAUUAUCGAUUGGAAUUACUACUGCUAGCAUAUAAUGACGUGAUUUGAAAUCGAUUUCUUUGGAUUUUUAUACUUCCUUGAAUUUCCAGGGUAUAAUCCAACUAAUCUACGGUGAAAUUUUGACUCGGUAUUAGGCAUAUCUUCACAUUUUUCUAAAGAUGGCUUCAAAAUCAAAUAAGGGAGCACACCAGGAAAACUUCUCAUUCGGUCCGUGGACUAUUAUACUCAACAAAAGUCACAUUUUAAAGUCAAACUGUCUGUCGAUCGAUAGUUGCAAACAAGCUGAUAAUAGAACAACUGAUUUAUGCGUAGUAUGCAAAUUUCAAAAAGAAUUAGCAUUACCCCAACUACCUGAGAUGGUGUUUGCUGAGAAUCUGUUACGUAUAUUACACAGUGAUGGGUUUGGCAUUGAAUUUAAUACCUUGGAUGCAUUAAAACUGGUUGAUGAUAAACACGAUUUGAUGAAAGUGGCAGUGGCUGAACGGUGGAGAGAAGCGAGACAAGAUAGUGAAUUCAUUAACGAAGUCAUCAAACCUUUUGAUUGGACGUACACAACAAAUUAUAAAGGAACAUUACUCGGGGAAGAUGAAAAACAGUUGAAGACCAUUCCAACAGAUGAGAGGAUUGACAUGGAAAAACUGAAAAUCAGAGAAAAAAUAUUUUACUUUGAAGAGGUGAUUUUAUUCGAAGAUGAGCUUGCAGACAAUGGUGUGGCUUUUCUCAAUAUCAAAAUUAGAGUGAUGCAGUCCAGUUUUUUUCUACUUAUGAGAUUUUUUCUGAGAGUUGAUGAUGUAAUUAUCCGUAUAAAUGACAACCGACUAUAUCAUGAGAAUGACUGGAAUUACAUGUUGAGGGAAUACACUUCAAAAGAGAAAAGAAUUUCAGAUCUCAUUUCUGAAGGUGUUUCCAGCAAUCUUUUUACAAAUCCAGUCAAUAUAGCUGAACAUCUGACUGUUGUGGAGGAGUCCUUCGAGAAGUUAGAAUUUCUGGAGUCAGUUGCCACGGAAAAGUGAAUUAGAAUUUAUAAUUGUGUAUCAGCCAUUUCUUUCAUGGGAAAAUGCUAUGGUAGUAGCUGCACCACUGGUUACCAUGGUUAUGAAAAAUACAAAUAUUGUCAACUGCUGUAAGGUUGGAAAAAAUCAUGUCAUUUUGUAUCAGGUUUACCCCUGCAUCUGAGCCCUGGAAAUCCUAUACAUAGCUAUUCAUUUUGAUAAAUUCUGUUGUGAUUGUAGAUAUCUUAGGAGAUUAGAACUAGCCAGUGUGUUAAUAUCCACAUAUGGAUAACUAUCCACAAGUAAGAGUUUCCGACUGCAUAAUUUUGUAAUUCUACAAUGUAUGUAUUGUAAUUACGGUUGUACUGAAUUAAUGCAUUUGUAGAACCAAGCUGGAGUUUUGUUUUUUAGAGUAACUUUACGAACUGUAUAUGAAGU